AUGGCCAGUUCGAGACCACUACUCUCUAAGUCUGAUUCAGCUCAAAAACUUCCAUCUCUAGACGACUUGAUCGAACAAUACAUAGGAAACUUCGGAUGGGCACAGUUCUUCCAAUCCUUCCUUCUCUCCAUGGCCUGGUUCUUCGAUGCCCAACAAACAUUCAUCACCAUCUUCUCCGAUAAACAACCUACAUGGCACUGCACCGAUCAACUCACUUGCAACUCCGAAUCUGACUUAUGCAACCUCUCAAACACUUCAUGGUCAUGGGACGACCCUAUUUACACCUCCACCGUAUCAGAAUGGAACCUUCAGUGUUCAAACUCAAUCAUCGCCGGCCUUCCCUCGUCGGCCUACUUCUUGGGUUGUGUGUUCGGAGGCCUCUUCUUGACAACAAUGGCGGACACGUCUCUGGGUCGAAAGAAAUUAUUGCUACUAUCAUGUUUAGCCAUGUCUAUAGCUUCGCUUUUGACUGUGUUGUCCACUAACAUUUGGGUCUACACAGUAUUGAGAUUCAUCACCGGUUGUGGCCGGUCUUCGGUCGGAGGUUGUGCUCUGGUUUUAGUAUCGGAGAUCAUCGGGAAACGGCACAGAGGCCAAGCGGGUACAAUUGGUUUUCUUUGGUUCACACUCGGUUUUCUUUCUUUACCUGGUAUAGCUUAUCUGAACCGAGGUCAUUCAUGGCGGACUAUAUAUCUAUUCACUUCCAUUCCUGGAAUUCUAUUCUGUGUACCAGUUUAUCUAUACGUUUGCGAAUCACCCAGAUGGCUUCUUAUGCAAGGACGCGAAGAAGAAGCUGUUGAGACAUUGAAAAAAAUGGCAACACCCAGCUGUGGAGUGAGAGAAUUGUCCUUUGCGAAAGGGAAGAGGGAAAUUGAGAGGAUUGAUUUCUUCUCUGCAAUCAAGAUGUUGUUGCAGAAGAGAUGGGCUGCUCAACGAUUACUCGCCGCCAUG